AUGAUGAAACUUAUUAUUACAAUUUUUAUUUUAUACACAUUUUUACUCGACAAGAAUUUUGCUCUUGAUGCUGAAAGCUAUGAAGUUUAUAUUGAAGAACUUAGUCAUAAUGAAAAAUUUCUUGAUGAAUAUACCAAAUGGUCACUAGAACUUUUUUCCCAAUCUGAUUAUCUCUAUGGUAAUUCUCAUGCAGCAUUUCCAUGUUCAAUUGAAAAAUCUACGGAUAAUAUUAGUAUUCCUACGUCAGUGCAUACUCUUCGACCAAGUGAUAUAAAAUGUGUUGCUGCUAUAGGUGAUAGUUUAACAACUGGUGUAGCUGCUCAUGCUAUUACUCCAAUUGGUUUAUUAAUGGAAAAUCAAGGUAUAUCUUGGUCUGUUGGUGGUGAUUAUACAUAUUCAAAAAUUUUCUCUCUACCUAAUAUUUUAAAACAAUAUAAUCCACAACUUACAGGUUUUUCUACUAAAGUAUCGGCUAUGUUUUCUAAUAAUCAAAAUGCUACAAAUAACAGACUCAAUGUUGCUAAAUCAUGGGAUAGGUCGAGUGAAAUGUUCCAUCAAGCAGAACUUCUUAUUGACCGGUUAAAAGAUAAGAAAUUAUGUGAUUGGGACAAUGAUUGGAAAGUUAUUACAUUAUUUGCUGGUACUCAUGACUUAUGUAAUUUUUGCGAAGAUUCAAAUUUAAAUAAACAUACACCAGAACAAUAUGUGAAUUAUAUACGUGCUACGUUGGAUAAAUUAUAUAAUGCUUCAAUACCACGUACACUUAUAAAUCUUGUUCUGGUACUUGAUGUUCGUAGUGUUAAAGAUCUUAGUAAUGAUAAUUAUGUUUGUCAAGUACUUCAUAAAAAAAUAUGUCCAUGUGCUGCUUUUCCAACAGUUGAACAAGCUAAAACAUUAGAUAAUUAUAUAACACGAUAUCAUCAAUCACUCUUCCAUUUAAUUGCUUCUGAACGAUAUGAAGGUCGUGAUGAUUUUAGUGUAGUUAUUCAACCAUUUAUGGCUAAAACUAAACUCCUAUAUAAAGAUAAUCAUAAAAUUGAUUUUAGUUAUUUUGCACCAGAUUGUUUUCAUUUUAGUGGUAAAGGUCAUUCAGUAGCUGCACUUUCACUUUGGAAUAAUAUGCUUGAACCUGUUGGAGGUAAAAAAUGGUCAUGGCAUAUAGGUGAAUCAUUAAAAUGUCCAACAAAAGAAUAUCCAUAUAUUUUUACAUCGAAAAAUUCUGCUAAAGCAUUAAAUGAACUAAAACAUACCACGAUGAGUCAAACAACUAAUCGUGUAUCUACAAUUAGUAGUGAUACUACGACUUCUGAUAUUAAUUCUACUAGUCAUCAUCAUCAUCAUAAACAUAAAAACUCCAAAUCUAUCUUAUAUUCUAAUAAAAUGAAAUUCAUCAUAAUAACUGGUUUAUUAUUUAUUAUCAUCAUGAUUCUCACUAUUAGUAUUGUGAGACGUCGAAAAGUUCGUGUAUUUAUUCCAGGAAAUGAACGACAUGGUUUUAAUGGUGUGGAUAAUUCACAAUAUCAUGAUGAUAAUGAUGAAGUUGAAAUUUGGAGUCGAACAAAUACUAAAUCAAAUUACUUUGAAAAGAAUAAAACUACUAAAUCACAUGGUACACGUGUCUUUUUGGAAUAA